AUGGCGGAAGAUGAUAAUAAAUUUGUGAAAGAUGGAACGGUGGAUUACAAAAACAAUCCAGCAAUCAAGAACCAAACUGGAACUUGGAGAGCUUGCCCCUAUAUCCUUGGAAAUGAAUGUUGUGAGAGGCUGGCAUAUUAUGGGAUAAACACAAAUCUAGUGAAUUAUCUGAAAUAUCAGAUGAAUGAGAGUAGUGUUGUGGCAGUUAAUAAUGUUACAAAUUGGUCAGGGACAUGUUAUGUUACACCAUUGCUAGGUGCAUUUCUAGCUGAUGCCUAUUUGGGAAGAUUUUGGACUAUUGCUGCCUUCUCAAUCAUCUAUGUCUUUGGGAUGACAGUACUAACAUUAUCAGCAUCAAUACAUGGACUAAAACCACCUUGUGAUCAUGACAACAAUUCAUGUCACCCUAAAGGAUUACAAAUUGGAAUAUUUUACUUAGGUCUUUACCUAAUAGCACUUGGUACUGGUGGAAUAAAACCUUGUGUUUCAUCAUUUGGUGCUGAUCAAUUUGAUGAUUCUGAUGAAACAGAGAAGAAAAAAAAGAGUUCUUUCUUUAAUUGGUUCUAUUUUUCUAUCAACAUCGGCGCGCUCGUUGCCUCUACUGUUCUUGUUUGGAUACAAACAAAUGUUGGAUGGGGUUGGGGAUUUGGUAUUCCUGCUGUUGCUAUGGCUAUUGCUGUUGUCAGUUUUUUUUCAGGAACAAAACUUUAUAGGAAUCAAAAACCUGGUGGAAGUCCACUUACAAGGAUAUUUCAAGUUGUAGUUGCAUCUUUUAGGAAAAUUAAAGUGAAGGAUACUUCUGUUUUGUUUGAAACUAAUGAUGAAGAAUCUGUUGUACAAGGUAGCAGGAAACUUGAUCAUACUCAACAAUUGAGUUUCUUUGAUAAGGCAGCAGUGGAGACACAAUCAGAAAAAAUCAAAGGGUCAAUCAAUCCAUGGAGUCUUUGCACUGUGACACAAGUUGAAGAAUUGAAAUCAAUCAUAAGGUUAUUGCCUAUAUGGGCAACUGGUAUAAUCUUUAGCAGUGUGUAUAGUCAAAUGGGAACCUUAUUUGUUCUCCAGGGCAACACAAUGGAUCUUCACAUGACGAAAUCCUUUGAAAUCCCUUCAGCUUCCCUUUCCCUUUUCGACACGAUUAGUGUCAUUUUUUGGGUACCUGUCUAUGACCGUGUGAUUGUUCCGUCAGCCAGAAGAAUCACAGGUCAUAGGAAUGGUUUCACUCAGCUACAAAGGAUGGCAAUUGGACUCGUAAUCUCAAUUUUCGCGAUGAUGAUUGCUGGAACAUUGGAAUUGGUAAGAUUGACAAGUGUAAAACAACAUAAUUACUACGAAAUGAAGCAUAUACCUAUGUCGAUUUUUUGGCAAGUUCCUCAAUAUUUUGUCAUAGGUUGUGCUGAGGUUUUUACAUUCAUUGGACAAUUGGAAUUCUUCUAUGAACAAGCUCCUGAUGCUAUGAGAAGUUUAUGUUCUGCUCUGUCUCUUAUAACGACCGCGCUCGGGAACUAUCUGAGUACAUUUUUGGUGAAUGUUGUUACAGACAUGAGUACUAGACAUGGUGGUGCUGGUUGGAUUCCUGAUAACUUGAACUAUGGUCAUUUACAUUACUUUUUCUGGCUUUUGGCUGUGCUAAGUGUGAUUGUGGGAGAAGCUAGAAUGAAUAGCGAUGAUGACUACACGAAGGAUGGGACUGUGGACAUCUAUAAAAAACCUGCUAACAAGAAGAAAACCGGAACCUGGAAGGCUUGUCCCUACAUCCUUGGGGAUGAAGCAUGUGAGCGUUUGGCGUACUAUGGUAUGAGUACAAAUUUGGUGAACUAUAUUCAUAAGAGGCUCAAUCUAGGCGUUGCUGCUUCUUCAAAAGCUGUAAACAAUUGGUCGGGAACCUGCUAUGUCACACCAUUGAUUGGAGCAUUCUUGGCUGAUGCCUAUCUUGGGCGAUACUGGACAAUUGCUGGUUUCUCAUUCCUUUAUAUCAUUGGAAUGACACUCCUGACGUUAUCUGCUUCUGUAAAAGGGAUAAGGCCCUGUAAUAAUGGUACUUGCAACCCAACAUCAUCACAGAAAACAGCAUUCUUUGUUUCGAUCUACUUGAUUGCCUUUGGAACUGGUGGUAUCAAGCCUUGUGUCUCUUCCUUUGGGGCAGAUCAAUUUGAUGACAAUGAUGAAAACGAAAAGAAGAAGAAGAGCUCAUUCUUUAACUGGUUUUAUCUCUCAAUCAAUGUCGGUGCUCUUAUCGCUUCAUCAGCUCUAGUGUAUAUACAAAGCAAUGUGGGCUGGGGCUUGGGUUUUGGUGUUCCAGCUGUGGCUAUGGCCAUUGCACUAGUGUUUUUCUUUUCAGGUACCCGUCUAUAUAGGCUCCAACCACCAGCAGGGAGUCCCCUGACUCGCAUAGUUCAGGUGUUUGUUGCGUCUAUUAGAAAAUGUCAUGUCAAAACUCCUCAUGACGAGACUCUUCUCUAUGAGACUGCUGAUACAGAAUCCAUCAUCGUAGCAAGCCGCAAGCUUGAGCACUCAGACGAGUUCAGGUUCUUUGACAAGGCUGCUGUGGAAGGUGAAUCUGAUAAAGUCAAUGGAUCAGUGAAUCCGUGGAGGCUCUGCACAGUGACUCAAGUUGAGGAGGUCAAGUCGAUCAUCCGUCUACUCCCCAUAUGGGCUACUGGUAUCGUGUUUUCCUGUGUCUACGGUCAGAUGAGCACCAUGUUUGUUAACCAAGGCAACAUAAUGGACAAUUACAUUGGACCUCACUUCAGGAUUCCAUCAGCAUGUCUAUCCAUAUUUGACACGGUCAGUGUUAUUUUCUGGGCGCCUGUAUAUGACCGUGUCAUUGUUCCCAUGGCACGAAAGUAUACAGGCCACGAACGAGGAUUCACUCAGCUGCAGAGAAUGGGCAUUGGUCUUGUUAUUUCAGUAUUUGCCAUGGCUUGUGCUGCAGUUCUGGAGACCAUUCGGCUUGACAUGGUAAGGAAGAACAACUACUAUGACCUCGAAUACGUUCCUCUGAGCAUCUUCUGGCAAGUUCCUCAAUACUUCUUGAUUGGAUGCGCGGAGGUGUUCACAUUCAUCGGUCAGCUGGAGUUCUUCUAUGACCAGGCUCCUGAUGCCAUGAGAAGUUUGUGUUCAGCCCUCUGUCUUACAACUACUGCAUUAGGUAGUUACCUAAGUUCUCUCCUCGUUACAAUCGUGAUGAAGACCACCACAAGGCACGGGAAGUUUGGAUGGAUUCCAGAUGACUUGAACAGAGGCCACCUUGACUACUUUUACUGGCUAUUGGCAUUCCUCAGCAUCAUCAACUUUUUCGUCUAUCUCUGGAUCUCCAAAUGGUACACUUACAAGAAGGUUACUGGGAAAAUCUAAACAUCAUCGCGUUUAUUCUUCUGAAGAUGCAAACUUUCUGUAGAUAUGGAUUACAACUGCUGCUAGUUCCGAUGGUUCUGAUCUAUCCAUGAAUUUUAUUUUAUAAACAUCAGUUAUGUUCUUAGGUGAAUGCUUUCUUGAUUAAUCUUAGUCUUGUUUGAGACUUGUCUGUUCCCCUUCUUUUAUCAGUAUGAUCGCG